AUGAUUAGGAAGAAGGUGAAGCUUGCAUUCAUCAUCAAUGAUUCGGCAAGGAAAGCAACCUUCAAGAAAAGGAAGAAGGGGCUGAUGAAGAAGGUGAGCGAGCUGAGCACGCUGUGCGGCAUCGAUGCGUGCGCGAUUAUAUAUAGCCCCUACGACGCGCAGCCAGAGGUUUGGCCCAACGGGCUAGGGGUCCAGCGCGUGCUGUCGCAGUUCAAGAGGAUGUCGGAGAUGGAGCAGAGCAAGAAGAUGGUGAACCAGGAGAGCUUCAUUCAACAGAGGAUCUCCAAGGGCAACGAGCAGCUCAAGAAGCAGCUCAAGGACAACCGCGAGAAGGAGGUGGCCGAGCUCAUGUUCCAGUGCCUCACUGGGAGGGCCCUGCAGACCAUGGCCAUGUCUGAUCUCCAUGACCUCGGCUGGCUGCUUGACCAGAACUUGAAGGACAUUUACAAGAGGAUCGAGUCCAUGAGGAAGGGCCGCGCCUCCCCCUCCUCCUCCUCCUUCGCCGCCGCCACUACCGCCACCACUAAGCAGAAGCCGAUCGUGGAUCCAAUUGUGGCCAUGGAGGCCAUGCAAAGGCCACACUGGUUCACGGACUGGAUGAACAACCCAAAUAAGCAUUUGGGUUUUGGUGGUGCUGGGGAGGAGAUGAUGAUGCUGCCAUUUGGGGACAGCCACAGUGUGGUGUGGCCUGCUGGUCCCUUCUUUCCAUGA